CCCUAGAGAAAUAUGACAACUUCUUUCCGUUUAGCAAUGUAGAAUCCUGGGAAAUUUUCAACUUAGCGGACAUUUUGUGAUGAACAAUUCCUUCAACUCAUAAAUUUUUCGUUUUCAAGCAGCUGGAAACAUGUCAGAGAACUAUGAUUUCCUAUUUAAGUUUUUGGUGAUCGGCAGCGCCGGAACAGGAAAGUCGUGCAUUCUACAUCAAUUUAUUGAGGGGAAAUUCAAGCAAGACUCCAGCCACACUAUUGGUGUAGAAUUCGGCUCCAAGGUAGUCAAUGUUGGUGGCAAGUCUGUGAAGUUGCAAAUUUGGGACACAGCUGGACAGGAAAGAUUCAGGUCUGUGACGAGGAGUUAUUACAGAGGAGCAGCAGGAGCUCUUCUGGUUUAUGACAUUUCAAGCCGUGAAACGUACAACUCUCUGACAAACUGGUUGACAGAUGCCAGAACCCUUGCCAGUCCAAACAUUGUCAUAAUCCUCAUCGGUAACAAGAAAGAUCUGGAUAGCGACAGAGAAGUCACGUUUCUGGAAGCUAGCAGAUUUGCACAAGAGAAUGAGUUGAUGUUCCUAGAGACAAGUGCUCUUACUGGAGAGAAUGUUGAAGAGGCCUUUUUAAAGUGCUCAAGAACCAUCCUCAGUAAAAUUGAAACUGGUGAAUUGGACCCAGACAGGAUGGGUUCAGGAAUUCAGUAUGGUGAUCCAUCACUCCGAAGAUCAAUACGACCUGGGAGACAGGAAGAACGGCAGAAAUGUGCAUGCUAACCUCAAUCUCAUUCCAAUCUUACUACAGUAGUAAAGAAACCUUGUUAAGUCUGCAUAGUUAGUUGAAUACAAGACUUUUGUGGUUUAAAAAAAGUGAUGUAUGAUAGACUUGUAAUUGCAGUGGGUGCAUAAUCAUCUCCUUAAAAGCUUGAUAAAUAAUCCUGCAUGGUGAAUACAACACAUAAACCUACAAGAUAUUAUUGAAUACUCCCUUGCUCUUAAGUAAAGAUAGAUUACUGAU